AUGUCCCCUCAUUUCAUCCUGAACGCAUCGUUGGACAAUCACGGCAAGCCGAACUGUCAGCGAUGCGAGAAAGCUGGGAUAGCUUGUGAAGGCUAUGUCACGUACGGCGAGUUUGUUGAUGAGACGACGCGAUUCGCGAAAGAUAAAUCGCCUGUGAAGGACAGCCAGCUCCAGGUUCAACCUGCCAGUCCGUCUGCUAAGGCCACUGAACGACAGAUCUGGCGUCCGCCGCCACUGUUACUGGAUCAAGAUGCCGUAAUUCAUGCUCACCUACUAUCGCGGAUCGAUGAAGUUACGCCCUUGAUGGCCAAUCUCGAAUCCAUCACAUUGUCGGAUUCGACACGCUCUCUUGCAGUGAGAGCACUAGCAGCCGUGUACUUUGGCAAAACGAACAGUGAUAAGAGGAUCUUUGACCUAGGCAGCAGGGAGUAUGUAAAGGCCUUGAACAGAGUGCAACUUGACCUGGCGAGUUCAACCGCCGUUCUCGAGUGGGACACGCUUGCCAGUGUAAUUUGUUUGUGUAUGUUUGAGAACAUCGUCUUUACGGAUAAGACGGGAUGGCUGAAGCACUACGAGGGAAUAACCCAGUUGGUGAGUUCUGUGAUCGCAUUGAGACUGGAGUCCAUACUAAACCGUCGACAUGAAGGUCAAGCUGAGAGGGCCAUGGAGACACCAAACAGACCUGGAAAGAGAACUCCUCAGACAGUGCCGGUUUGA